AUGGACGCCUCGGACUCCAAGAAAGCGCGAUUCAGCGACCCGCACACCUUCUCCCUCUUUCGUCUUGUCCGCGAUCAAGCUCGCAUCAGUCCAGAUGUUCUGGCACAUCGUUAUGAGGGCUCAGGUACAACAGACGAUCCCUACCUGGUUAUCUGGGUGCCUGAAGAUGCUGGCAACCCCCUGAACUGGUCCACAUCAUUCAAAUGGAUCGUGACUAUGACUGUUGCAAUGUCAUGUUUUGCUACUGCCUUUGCUUCCAGUGCCUUCAGCGGAGCUAUUCGUGAACUGGUGUUCGGCUUCCAUGCUUCGACAGAGCUCAUCACUGCAGGCGUGUCUCUCUUCGUUCUUGGGUUUGCUCUAGGCCCUCUCGUAUGGGCACCUCUCAGCGAGACCAUCGGUCGCCANAAAGUCUUCUUCUUGACAUUUGCAUUGUUCACUGCUUUCCUUGCCGGUUGCGCUGGAGUCAACAACAUCGGUAGUCUGCUUGUCUUGAGAUUCUUCGCCGGCUCCUUUGGUUCUUCGCCCUUCACAAACGCUGGAGGUGUUAUCUCGGAUAUCUUCUCGGCUCAGGAACGUGGUCGUGCUAUCACCAUCUUCAGUCUGGCUCCCUGUCUCGGUCCUGCCAUUGGACCUCUUGUUGGUGGUUUCCUGGGUGAGAACGAAGGUUGGCGAUGGGUACAAGGCCUGCUAGCCAUCUUUGCUGGUGUUUUGUGGAUCCUUGGCUCUAUCAUCGUGCCUGAGACCUACGCGCCUGUUCUGCUCAGACGUCGCGCGGAAGAACUUUCCAAGAGAACCGGCAUGGUCUACCAGACCAAGUUUGAUGCUGAAAGAGGCCCCGUCUCGCCUAAGCAGAUGGUUUCGACUGUCCUCAUUCGCCCUUGGAUCUUGCUCUUCACUGAGCCAAUUGUUCUGCUUCUGUCCAUCUACAUCGCUAUCAUCUAUGGAACUCUCUACUUACUCUUUGCUGCUUUUCCAAUCGUAUUCCAGAUUCACCGUGGCUGGAGUGAAGGUGUUGGUGGCCUGGCAUUCCUGGGAGUCGCUUUUGGCAUGUUCGCUGCCAUCAUCUUCUCCCUCUACUCUCACAGAUGGUAUAUGGCAGCAGCAGCCAAGAACGGCGGAUUUGCUCCUCCUGAAGCACGUCUUGUUAUCGGCAUGGUCGGCUCCGUUGCUCUCCCCAUCGGCAUGUUCUGGUUCGCUUGGACAAACGGCCCUUCUAUCCACUGGAUCUCGCCUAUCAUGGCCGGCGCACCCUUUGGCUUCGGACUGACUCUUGUCUUCCUGUCCGUGACUUCUUACCUCAUCGACGCCUAUGUCAUCUACGCCGCAUCCGUACUAGCCGCAAACACCGUCCUCCGCUCCCUCUUCGGUGCCGCAUUCCCUCUGUUCACAAGAAUCAUUUACGAACGCCUCGGCAUCCACUGGGCUUCGUCCAUCCCCGCCUUCCUCGCCCUCCUCUGCGUACCUCUACCUUUCUUCUUCUACAAGUUCGGCGCCAGAAUCAGAGCCAAGUGCAAGUAUGCCGCCGCCGCAGAAAAGGCAGUCUUGAUGUUCCACGCAAAGGCUGCAGCAACCACCGUAACGGAAAGAGGAAGCAGCUCAAGCAGUGACGAAGUUGACCUUGAGAAGGCUGAAGUCAAGGACCCGAUGGAGCUUACAAGAGCCAAAACCAAUGAUACAGUCAGAGAUGCUGCUGCAAUCUAUGAGGCUAGCCCUUACGACAUUGAUCGUGUCAACACCAAGAACUCAGUUUCUGGUCUUUGA